AUGGAGUCCUACAUCCUUCCUCACUUCCCCGCCGAAGUCCGCGCGGUCCAUAUCGCGCUCUUCCACGACCUGACCAAUGCGCCCGAAAUUCGCAAACGGCUGAUCGCUGCUGCGACCGCCGAAGGCCAAGAAGGAGACGAGGCGAGAGCAGAAGUGGACUUUGGCUUUGUCGAAGCUAGCACUAUCGUAUCUCGAGAACACCUCCUCACCGCCAUCCAAACCACCCUUCUCAAUGCCCUCACUCCGACCGGUCUCCAGACCCGCUCACAUAAUAUCCACUCGGAGCUCCUUCUAGCCCUCUCGCCAAACAACAACAUCACCGACUCGAUACGCCGGCACGGUCUUUCAGAUAAGACGACGGAAUUGCUUGUUGUGCGGAUAGAGCCAGAAUCUGGAAUGGGGAAAGGGAGGGCAGAGGAGGUAUGGAGGGAGAUUGAGGAGGUGGUCAAGGGGAGACUGGUCAGUGUGGAUGAGCUUGAAGGUGGAAAGACAGAUUGGAGCAGGGUGGAUAAGAUCUACAAGCUGAGCGAAAUGAACGCACUCAAGCUGCCCCCGGCAGAGCUGCUGGCGCUCAAGAAGGCGGCUGUCGUCACCGCGGUCGCAAUCAAGUCGGUCACAUAG